ACAAAUAUCGGUUAUUAAUUUAUUUACUUUCUCCGCUCUGCCGAUAAAGUAGGCGAAGAGAAAGCCCAACCCAAUGUAAAACGGGCCCGGCCCGGCCCAAUUGGAUAAGUAAGCGCAAUGAAACGGCGUUGACGGUUUGCGAUUUGGAAAAGGAAGAAAAAUUGAUUGUGUUCGUUGAAGAUGAGUGAUUUCGUGUACCGAAUCAGUACGGCGAAGGAGUGGGAAGCGUUGCAGAGCGAUGGAUCCAUUUUCGGUGGUGAACUUGACAAGUCUUCUGGUUUCAUUCAUCUCAGCAAGCUCGACCAGGUUCGGUCAACACUCGAGAACUUUUUCUUGAACAGCAAGGUGGAACUCUACCUCCUUCAAAUUGAUGCUAAAAAGCUUGGCGAUGGUUUGGUGUAUGAAAAUGUGGAUGGUGUAAAUAGCUUCCCUCAUUUCUAUGGGCCAUCUCGAAGCUUUGUCCCUCUCCCUCUUGAUGCAGUAGCAAAAGCAGAGAAGCUCACUCUCUCAAAUGGUCGAUUCAAUUGUAGCUUGCUUGAUUAAGUAUUCUUUGUAUUCACUAUCCAGUGUGUAGCGUGAAUGCUUGUUGCCUAUAAUCUAUCUGAGUAUCUCUGUAAUGGAUAAACCAAACCUUAAUCCUUUCUUAAUAAAGGAGAUGGAUGCUGUAAUGUUACUGUUUGAAUCCUACGUUGCUUUACAUUCGGUGUUUA